AUGCAAAAGCGUAUUACGGAGGUGAUCGAUGUGCAACCUUUGAACAGUAUUAUCGUUGUUACCCGGUCUCCUUCAUCGACAAGAUCGCGGCUUAUGAGUGACAUUGGUGCAUUUUUCAUGUGCAUUCAAUUUUGGUCACAUCUGGAAAAGGGUGAUAAAAUUAUCAUGCCUCCCUCAGCCCUUGAUCGCCUCGCAUCUUUGCACAUAGAGUACCCUAUGUUAUUCCAACUUAAGAAUCCUUCUGCUGAAAGAGUUACACAUUGUGGGGUGCUAGAAUUCGUAGCUGAUGAAGGGAUCAUAUAUUUACCAUACUGGGUAAUGGAAAAUAUGCUCCUCCGAGAAGGAGACCUUGUAUAUGUGAAAAACACCAACCUUGCAAAAGGAACUUAUGUGAAGCUGCAGCCUCACACAAAGGACUUUUUAGAUAUCUCCAAUCCAAAAGCCAUCCUAGAGACUUCACUUAGGAGCUACUCAUGCUUAACAACUGGCGACACUAUAAUGGUUCCAUAUAACAACAAGAAGUAUUACAUCAACAUUAUUGAAACUCAACCCUCAUAUGCAGUCAGUAUAAUUGAAACUGACUGUGAAGUCGAUUUUGCUCCACCGCUUGAUUAUAAAGAACCUAAUAAACAAGCAAAAGUUGACAGGAAACGACCGGAAGCACUUUAUGACUACAUUCUUCGCAUUUCAGUUGAAGAUGAACCACCAACAAAGAUUGCCCGGUUCAAUCCAUUCUCUGGUUUUGCAAGACGCUUGGAUGGUAAAGCCUCAGUAGAACCAGUUGAACAAACAUCACUUCCAGAGUUAGAGCAGAAACAAAAUGACAAAGAAAUGAAGGACUCUGACUCUAAGCCAACAACUACUGCGUCUCAGAGAGCUUCGGGAAAGCUGGUGUUUGAUUCAAAUGCAACUACAUCUAGCAGUCAAGCAACACCUAAGGUUUCUCGAGAAAACCAAAGUCGUGACCAAUCCCAGGAGGAAGAAGAUCCAAAAUUCAAGCCUUUCUUUCCAUUCUCUGGUUUUGGAAGACAUUUGGGUGGUAAAGCCUCGGUACAUCCAGUUGAAGAAACAUCCCUCCCUGAAUUACAGCAGAAAGAAACUGAUAAUGAAAUGAAGGAUUCUGAUUCUAAGCCAGCAAAUAUUGCGUCUUCUAAAGCUUCUGGAAAGCUUGUGUUUGGGAGAAAUGCAACUACAUCUAGCAGUCAAGCAACAUCUAAGGUUUCUUUAGAAAACAGAAGACGAGAGAAAUCCCUGGGUGAAGAAGAUCCAAAAUUCAAGCCUUUCAUUCCAUUCUCUGGAUUGGGAAGACGUUUGGGUGGGAAAGCCUCAGCACAUGAAGUUAAAGAAACAUCCCGUCCAGAGCUAAAGCAGAAAGAAACUGACAAAGGACAGGAUUCUGAUUCUGAGCCAACAAAUACUGCGUCGCGUAUAGCUCCUGGAAAUCUUGUGUCUGGAUCAAAUGCUACUACAUCUAGCAUUCAAGCAACACCUAAGUUCUCUCAAGAAAACAAAAGUCAAGAGAAAUCCCAAAAAGAGCAGCCAAAAUUCAAGCCUUUCACUGGAAAGAAGCAUACGUUGAAAGAUUGA